AUGGAUAUGAAAUUUGAAAUUAAUCAUAUAAAAAAAAAUUCCUGUGCGGAAUUCAUUUUACAAAAUAUAUCAGUGGAAAAUAAAAAUAAAAUAUUACAAUUUUUAAAAUUAAAAAAUAUAAAAACAAUAUAUGAUUUAAUAAUUACAGUGACUUUUUUUAAAUUUACAAAUUACGAUGAAAGUUCCUUUGAAAAAGCCGAUAUAAAUAAUAAAUUAAAUAUAAAAGUUAACACUUAUAAAAAAAUCUUCCAGAUUAAUAAUAAUAUCAAUAAUAAAUUAAAAAAAGAAAAUGAUAACAAACUAAACUCUUACGAUGAUAAUAUAUAUGAUAUAAAAAAUAAAAUGAGUAACGGGGAUUCUAAUAAUUAUAGUGAUUUACAGGAAAAGUUAAAUAACAAUCAUGUAUCUAAAGACAUAAUUGAAAAUAACAGAAUAAUGAAUUUGGGGCAAAGAAACGAUAUAGAGAUAAAAGAGAUGAAUGAGUGUUAUGAAAAAAUAAGAGAAGAAAAUAAAAGUUAUAGUAAUAUUACAUAUGCCUAUUUCGAUAUAUUCAUAAACUUAGAUGCUAUAAGUUUAUUUCCUAUUACAAAUAACAAUAAAGAAAAACUAAUAAAUUAUAUAUAUAGCAUUAUUGAAACAAAUGAUAUUUCACUAAUGUGCAUUUAUUUAAAUUUGGGACAUUUGUUGGAAAAAUUUGAAUUAUUUAAUAUAAAAAGUAUAGAAUCAUUAAAACAAGUAAUAGAAUCAAGAAAAUUUGAGUUCAUAAAAAACGAAAUGAACAUUUCAUAUUAUGAAUUUAUUAUGAUUGUUAAUUUUAUAACAAGAAUAAAAAAAAAAAGAAUUUUUUGUAACAAUAUUUUUAAUCAGCACAACAAAAAUAAUUAUAAUAUUAAUAAAAGAAACUAUAAAACUAUAUGUGAUAAAAUUCAUCAAUUUAUUGAAUUUGAUAAAUGGACUUUUAAAAAUAUUAUAGAUAAUCCAUUUUUUCAAAGAUUAAGAAAUUUAUCUCAACUUGGAGCUUGUCAAUAUGUGUAUCCGGGAGCUACACAUACUAGAUUUGAACAUAGUUUAGGAGUUGGGUUUUUAUCAGGAAAAUAUUUUACGCACUUAUGUAACCGAUCAAAUUUGUCUCCACAUCAUGGAGAAUUAAAUAGAAUGCUUCGUUGUGUACAAAUUGCUGGAUUAUGCCACGAUUUAGGUCAUGGCCCAUUUAGUCAUACUUUUGAAAGUUAUUUCAUUAAUUACAAAAAAAGAGACACAGAACAUAAAUGGGACCAUGCUGCUAUGUCUCAAAAAAUUGCUGAACACAUUAUUGAAAAUUUAAUAGAUCAAGAUGAAGUAUUAGAUGCUAGUGAUGUAAAAAUAAUAAAGAAAUUAAUAGUAGGGCCACAAUAUUACAAAAAAUUUUUAGGCCUAGAUCCUAUAGACUCUUUAAUAGAGGCUUCAUAUGAUAUUAUAUGUAAUAAUAGAAAUGGUUUAGAUACUGAUAAAUUCGAUUACUUACAGAGAGAUUCAACAAUUGCUCCACCCAAUGGAACUCUUCCAUCAUUAAAUUGUAGCCGUUUAAUAUGUCAAAGUGCAGCUAUUAAUGGUUGUAUAACAUAUAAUGUUAAAGAAAUUCACCCAGUUUGGACGGUUUACAUGAACAGAUUUUCUUUAUUUAAACAAGUAUACACUCAUAGAAAAGUUAGAGCUAUGGAAUUUAUGUUAUGUGAUGGAUUUCGUUUAGCUGAUGAUAUCUUUAGAUGGUCCCAAUGUUUAGAUGAUUUGGAUUCAUUUCUUAAUUUAACAGAUUCUUCAAUAAUACAUGAUAUUAAAAAAAUGGAGAAAACAUUUAAAUACGAUGAAAAUGUUAAAAAUUCCUUAAAUCUAAUUAAUUCUGUUAUAUACGAUAGAAAUUCAGAUUAUGUAUAUAAAUACAUUUCAGAAAUUAAUAUAACGGAACCAGAAUUAAUUCAAUAUUUAAAAAAAGUAACAACCGAAGAAAAAAUUGCUCGCUACUCCCAUGGAUUGAACCCCGAUGAUAUAAUCAUUGAUUGGAAUUAUUUGAAUUAUGGAAUGGGGGCAAAUGAUCCUCUUGAUUAUGUUUAUUUUUAUAGUUCAGAUAAUGAAGAAGAAGCAUUUAUAGCACAUAAGGAAUAUAGGGGAACGCAUCCAAGAUAUUUUGAGGAAUGUAACGUAAGAUUGUACUGUAAAAAUAAAAAAGUAGCUCAUUUAGCUAAGGAAGCUCAUCUAAAGUUUAUAUCUAAUGAAGUUUUUUCAAAAGCCUCUCCUUUUCAUAGAAAAAAAGAUAAAUUUAAAUAA